GCUGGCGCCACACCGCUCUGCUGCCGCCGCUCCUCCGCUGAGCGUUGCUCCACAUUGAGAAUCGCAGCGUGCCGCCGCGCAGCACAAGCUCAAGCGGAGCAGCGUGCGGAGCUGCGCCCAGAGUUGGCGCUGGGAGCACAUACAAGGACGCCGACGGCUGUGCGUCGUCGCCAUGCGGAGCCUGCACCAUUGCGUGCGUGCGGGGUGCGAUAGCGCUGCGCCCGAGGCAGCGUCGAGCUGGCCCUUUGUCCUCGUUGCGCUGCCCAUGGCAACGGGGCAUGGCUCGCGUCGCCUACAUAAGGAGCACAUCGUUGAGGCGCUCCUCCUCCUCACCCACAUCUCCUCAUCAAGCACCACUGCCACUCAGCAACCCCUGCCCAACUCUCAACAUGCGCUUCGCCACCUACCUUCUCGCGGCCACCAUCGCCGUUGCCAGCACGUCCGCCGCCGUUGCAGAGCAGCCCGUCGGCGUCGCCGGGCGUGACUUCACCAUCAGCAGCGACGGCAACGGCGGCCUUUCGUGCGGCUCGCUGCGCUGCUCCGACGGCAGCAUGCCCGACUCGCGCUGCAACUGCGGCGGCAACAUCCAGCAGGGCGGCGCCACGCUCGUGCGCGCCUCGGGCGGCGUCACGAGCACAUACACGGGCGCAGAGGUGACGAGCUUCCUCUCUGCGUCGCGCGCCAGCGCCAGUGCGGCGGCGGCGACGCAGACGGCGGGCGGCGCCACCACCACGCCUGCGCCGUCCAGCUCCUCGUCGUCGUCGUCGUCGAGCAGCAGCAGUCGCUCGUCCAGCACGGCCUCGCCCGCGAGCCAGUCGCGCUCGCCCGACGCCGCGACGGGCCUCGCGCCCAGCGCCGGCCUCGCGGCGCUCUUCGCCGGUGCGGCCGUGUACCUGCUCUAGUCUCCUGCCGCUGGCCGGCACACUC